UGGCAUAUACCUUACAAGGGGAUGGUGUGCACUGCGUGAUUUCUACAAAAUCAAACUUGGUGCUUGGGUAACAAUGGUAUUUGUUGGAAAUGGCAGGUUUGAGAUAAGCUUGGAGGAUAGGGUUGGGGACAAGAUACAAAGUCCCAUAUUUAAUCCACCAAUGAACUUCGUUAUUGAUCGUUCAUGGCUGCCUUUCCAAAUGAUGGAUGCUGUUCCAACUGCUUAUGUGCAUUCUGAUAUUAGCUUCCUAUAUUCAUAUGAGAAGAAGUUGUCUGCUACUGAGUUGGAUUCUGGCUGGAUGGUUCUUGCUUUUUUCGGGUUUUGCAAGCUGACUUUGUGCAAGGGUACUACUUCAAUCAAUUUGGUGGACGAGUGUGGGAACAAAUGGAUGUGCACGGUGGUUUACGGUACCAGGCCUUAUAAACACUUUAAGAUAGGUGGUGGAUGGAAGCGGAUGGUGGAUGCACGCGGACUUGGUAUAGGCUGCAUUGUUAAGCUUGGUGCACCUGCUGAUGGGAGCAACCAGAAAUUAUAUUUUAAGGUUAUUCGUCAUUAG